AUGAAGCCCAAGUCCAGCAAUCGGUUCAGAGUCUGUGGAACACCGUCCAAGACCGGAUGUAUUACUUGCAAAAUCCGGCGUGUUAAAUGCGGGGAAGAGAAACCCUUCUGCAAAAGAUGCACUUCUACGGGCCGUAACUGCGAUGGAUAUGCCCCGCCGAAAGCCCCUGAUUCCUCCUCGCGAAGAUCUACUCCUAGGUCGAUCUCCAAAAGCCCCAGAUAUAUCUCUGGCAGCCCCGAGGCCGGCCCUAUGGAGCAGCGUCUGCUCUAUUUCUUUCGGACGUUUACCGCGCCCAAAUUAUCUGGAUACUUUUCUGCAGACUUCUGGGAGCGGAGAGUGUUCCAAGCUAGCAAUGUGGAGCCAUCUAUCCAACAUGCUGUCACUGCCAUUGCCGCUAUACAUCAAGACUUCGUGGGCUGGCAUCAAAACAAAGUCUUAGAUCCCUCCAUCCAGGCAUUCGCCUUCCGACUCUAUACCCAGGCCAUCAGCCGCCUGCAUCAGUUAAUGUCUACGCAGUCGUUGCAAUUGGACAUGACAUUGAUUGCCUGUAUCUGCUUUAUCACGUUUGACUGUCUACUUGGAAACCACGAGUCUGCCAUCAUUCACCUUCGAGCGGGACUUACCAUCCUAGAAGAUAUCAAGUUAAGGAAGAGCCCUUGCGCGCAUGAAUGGGAGAGGGAGUUUGCUCCACUGUUACUGUCUCUGGGAACGCAGGCUGCUUCAUUUGCGAAUCUAACGCAAGAAACUGAUCGGUCAUCUUUGUGGAUGGCCUUGCGAAAUGCUGGAAUCUCGAAUCCUUCCUACAACUUCCAGACUCUUGAUGAAGCGCGACACUCCUUGGAUUCUCUGGCAGCUGAUAUUACAGUUGAUCGAGGCUCGAGUUCAAAGUGGGCAAAUGAGCAGGAACUUCCCAGCCCAAUAGGGCCGGACAAUUUAAUGCAAAUGGCGUCAAUAAUUGCUUGGACAGAAGGUCUUGACAAGUUUUUGUCGGAGCCGGUUCCCGAGGGCUCAGCAACAGCGAACAAAAUUCGACUCGGCGCCUCUCUACUCAAGUGUCACUCCCUUGUGUACUCUAUCGUUAUCGAAUCACCUGGGUUAAGUGAGGGCAAAUUUCACGAAGUCCUUCGUCACUGCGAGUAUCUUGUGAACGCGAGAUCAAGCUCCCCAUUCCCCAACGAGGACCUGAGCUUCACAGCGGAUAUGGGACUAAUCGCACCGUUAUUUUUCACUAUUUUACAAGCUCCGAACCCGACCAUUCAACAACGAGCAAUAGACCUUCUAUCGCGAGCCUCGGGACGAGAAGGCAUGUGGGACGCCAAUGAUGCACUUCGGAUAGUAGGAGAUGUCAUAGGGGCCCCUAGUCAGAAUAUCGGUCUCGCCAUAAAGCCAUUUUUGACCAGUCCAACAGUCCCUCCAAGCGACGCGCGAAUGCGGAAUAUUAUGUCGGAUCGAAUGAUAUGGCCUUUCGGGGAGCGGUGCGAAUAUUCAUCUCCCCACAUGAUGCCGUCGAUGAAGUCGGAACCGGCAUUCUCGUCGCCAUAUUUAGAACCAAAUUCUGCCGUUUUCCCAUCCCCGCAGACGACGCCUCAGUUUGUCAUGCAGGGCAGCUCGACAUUUGCAUGUUGCACCCAAGCUUCGCAAGUUCCAGUGGCCGCGUCGGCUCCUCAGGUGUUGCAGCAACCGCUACCCAGCUUUGAUUGGGUAUCUUUUCCUUGA